GUUUGUGUCUUAAACUCUGAUGAGCGCAGUUCUGUUCGCGUUCCGAGUCAUUUGUUGUGUUACGCGCACGCUCUGCGUAUUUACGCAUCGGAUCCACAUAGUUCCCAACGAACUAAACUUCGGCUCAGUUCGGUUCGGCUCGGCUCUAUCCGCUCGCUCCUCGAACACAGCGCAACUGGUUUUAGGAAAAUCGCGGAGCGCACGGUUAAACUCCACCAGAGUCCGACUGCACAAACCGCCCCUGUGCUUGCGUCGCGGUGACGUCACGCCCCUCCGGCGGCGGUCCUAAAGUCGGUAAGGAACGGACAGACACAGUUGGGUUCAACUCGUCCAGAGACGCUGACCGGGGUGUGACGUUAACGGCUGCUCAGACAAACGGGAAUAAUUUCGGUUUGGCGCGGAGCGCGAGAGGAGCGCGGGCUGGCGUUCGCGAGACUCCCGCCAUGGAUCGGAGACUUUUAACGGCUUUUCUCUUCUCCUCCGUUAUUUUCCUGAUCUCAGCCGACACGGAUCAAGAAUCCCAAGAAGACUGUCUCCUGGAGAAAUCCUACACAGACUGCGGCUACAGUCAAGGCAAAGAUGACGACUUCGACUGGGAGCAGAUCAACACCCAGCAGAAACCCUCCUCAGACCCCUGGGUGCCGUCAGAUUCAGCGUUCAUGAUGGUGAACACAUCGGGUCGUGUGUCUGGUCAGCGAGCGCAGCUCUACAUGCCGCAGUUCAAGGAGAACGACACCCACUGCGUUAUACUGGAGUAUUACAGCGCCGCUCGAGAGGGGUCGAGCCCCGGCCAGCUCCUCAUCUACGUGAAGGAGAACACGAAUCCUCUGGGCAUCGCUGUGUGGAACUCGUCCGGUGCGGCUCUGAACAAGUGGCAGCAGGUGGAGCUGGCCAUCAGCACCUUCUGGCCCAACUUCUACCAGCUGGUGUUUGAGGCGCUGGCGUCUGGAGAUCGAGGUCUGAUCGCCGUCAGAGGAAUCUCACGCCAGGGACAUCAGUGCUUGAACACGCCUCACUUCCUGCACAUUAAGAGCGUGGAGGUCAACGCCAGACAGACGGCCAGCUUCCAGUGCACCAUUAACGGUCAGCCCAAAGACCACGUCCACUACAAGCUCUGGCUGCAGGGUCAGCGCGAGGCUCCGAUGAAGGACACUAAACCGGUGAACUCCAGACGCUACACCGCCACCUUCGACAUCCUCAACACCACCAAAGGAGACUCGGGCCGCUACCGCUGCAUCGUGCGCUCCGACAGAGGGGUCGGGGUGUCCAGUUACGGGCUUCUGGUGGUCAAACAGCCUCCGAUCCCCAUCGCUCCUCCUCAGCUGACGGCGGUCGGCGCCACCUACCUGUGGAUCCAGCUCAACGCAAACUCCAUCAACGGAGACGGGCCGAUCGUGGAGAAGGAGGUGGAGUACCGCACGCUUUCUGGAAGCCUGAUCGACAGCCAACCGGUCGACAAACCCAACCACAAGAUCGGCCACCUGGACCCCGACACGGAGUACGAGAUCAGUGUGCUGCUCACCAGACCCAACGAGGGCGGCACUGGGGCCCCGGGGCCACCGCUCAGGGCCCGAACCAAGUGUGCAGAUCCCAUGCACGGUCCUCGGCGGCUGCAGGUGGUGGACAUCAAGUCCAAGCAGCUGACGGUGCGCUGGGAGCCGUUCGGAUACAACGUGACGCGCUGCUACAGCUACAACCUGACGGUGCAGUACCGCUACACGGCUAACGGUAAAGAGGAGACGCGCGAGGAGACGUGCUACGAUCCUCUGAGCGCCGCGCCGCAGCACACCAUCCGCAGCCUUCCUCCGUACACCAACGUCAGCAUCCGCCUGCUGCUGCGCAACCGCGAGGGAGUCAGAGAGAGCCAGGAGCUGCGCGUGCUGACCGAUGAGGACGUUCCCAGCGCCGUUCCGCAGGAGUCCAUCCAAGGAAGCACGUACGAGGAGAAGAUCUCGCUCCGAUGGAGAGAACCGCUCCAGACGUACGGCAUCAUCAAACAGUACGAAGUCUUCUACAAGGCCGUCAGCUCCUUCGACCCGGCGUUUAAUCUGUCCAAUCAGAGCGGGAAGGUGCUGAAGCUCAGUAACGAGACGUCUCACGUCUUCACGGCUCUGUAUCCCGGAUCCACGUACUCCUUCACCAUCAGAGCCAGCACCGUCAAAGGAUACGGACCCCCCACCAUCACACAGUUCACCACCAAGAUCUCCCCGCCGCAGAUGCCGGGAUACGAGCAGGAGACGCCACUGAAUCAAACCGACAGCACAGUGACUGUUCUACUGAAACCAGCACGGAGCCGCGGAGCACCGGUCAGUGUGUAUCAGGUGGUGGUAGAAGAGGAGCGUCCGCGUCGUUCCCGGAGAGCCGCUGAGAUCCUGCGCUGUUACCCGAUUCCCAUCCACUUCCAGAACGCGUCCGUGCUGAACUCACAGUACUACUUCACCGCGGAGUUCCCAGCCGCUCGCAUCCAGACGCCGCUGCCCUUCACCGUCGGAGACAACCGAACCUACGACGGCUUCUGGAACCUUCCUCUGCUGCCGCACAAGAGCUACAGCGUCUACUAUCAGGCCGUCAGCACGGCCAACGGGGAAACUAAGAUCGAUUGUGUUCGCGUGGCUACUAAAGCUGCCAUUAUUGUGACUCAGCUCACCACGCCGUAUGUGCGUAUCGCACCCGCUGCCGGCGACAGCCAACUAACAGGUGCUGCGACCCGGAAGCCUGAUGCGGUGGAACCCGAGAAACAGACAGAUCACACGGUGAAGAUCGCUGGCGUCAUCGCUGGUAUCCUGCUCUUCGUCAUCAUCUUCCUCGGCGUGGUGCUGGUCAUGAAGAAACGGAAACUGGCGAAGAAGCGUAAGGAGACGCUGAGCAGCACGAGGCAGGAGAUGACGGUGAUGGUGAACUCCAUGGACAAGAGCUACGCUGAGCAGGGCACCAGCUGCGACGAGGCCAUUUCAUUCAUGGACACACACAACCUGAACGGACGCUCUGUCUCCUCGCCGUCGUCGUUCACCGUGAAGACUAACACACUGAGCACCGCUGUGCCAAACUCCUACUAUCCAGAUGAAAACCACACCAUGAACAGCGAGACCAGCAGCUUGGUUCAGUCGCACACUCACUCCUUCAAGAAGCGCGAGGCGGUGGACGUCCCAUAUCAGACGGGACAGCUUCAUCCGGCCAUCCGUGUGGCCGAUCUCCUCCAGCACAUCACGCAGAUGAAGUGUGCCGAGGGUUACGGCUUCAAAGAGGAAUACGAGAGCUUCUUCGAAGGGCAGGCGGCGCCGUGGGACUCGGCCAAAAAAGAUGAGAACAGAAUGAAGAACCGUUACGGCAACAUCAUCGCAUACGAUCACUCUCGUGUGCGGCUGCAGCCUCUGGAGGGAGAGCAGAGCUCCGACUACAUUAAUGCUAAUUAUGUAGAUGGCUACCAUCGACCGAAUCACUACAUCGCCACACAAGGUCCGAUGCAGGAGACGGUGUAUGACUUCUGGAGGAUGGUGUGGCAGGAGAACACUGCGACUAUCGUGAUGGUCACCAAUCUGGUAGAAGUCGGGCGGGUGAAGUGCUGUAAGUACUGGCCCGAUGACACUGAGAUCUACAGGGACAUGAAGGUGACGCUCAUCGAGACGCAGCUGCUGUCUGAAUACGUCAUUCGAACCUUCGCCGUGGAAAAGCGAGGAGCUCAUGAGAUCAGGGAGAUCCGUCAGUUUCACUUCACCGGUUGGCCGGAUCACGGCGUCCCGUAUCACGCCACAGGGCUGCUGGGCUUCGUCCGCCGGGUCAAAGCCAAGAGUCCAGCGAACGCCGGGCCGAUGGUCAUCCACUGCAGCGCUGGAGCGGGACGCACCGGCUGCUUCAUUGUGAUUGACAUCAUGCUGGACAUGGCAGAGCGAGAAGGAGUCGUGGACAUUUACAACUGUGUGAGAGAACUGCGCUCCCGCAGGGUCAACAUGGUGCAGACGGAGGAGCAGUAUGUGUUUAUCCAUGAUGCCAUAUUGGAGGCGUGUCUUUGUGGCGACACCACGAUCCCAGCCAAUCAGCUUCGCUCGGUGUAUUACGACAUGAACCGCUUGGAUCCGCAGACCAACUCCACUCAGAUCAAAGAGGAGUUCAGAACGUUAAACAUGGUGACUCCCACGCUGCGGGUGGAGGACUGCAGCAUCGCACUGCUGCCGAGGAACCAUGAGAAGAACCGCUGUAUGGAUGUUCUUCCUCCGGACCGCUGCCUGCCCUUCCUCAUCACCAUCGACGGAGAGAGCAGCAACUACAUCAACGCCGCGCUCAUGGACAGCUAUAAGCAGCCGUCUGCGUUCAUCGUUACCCAGCAUCCUCUGCCCAACACCGUCAAAGACUUCUGGAGGCUGGUGCUGGACUAUCACUGCACGUCUAUAGUGAUGCUGAACGACGUGGAUCCCGCGCAGUUGUGUCCGCAGUACUGGCCAGAGAACGGCGUCCAUCGGCACGGACCCAUCCAGGUGGAGUUUGUGUCUGCGGAUCUGGAGGAGGACAUCAUCAGCAGGAUCUUCCGCAUCUAUAACGCGGCGCGGCCGCAGGACGGGUACAGGAUGGUGCAGCAGUUCCAGUUUCUGGGCUGGCCGAUGUACCGCGACACUCCCGUCUCCAAACGCUCCUUCCUCAAACUCAUCCGGCAGGUGGAUAAAUGGCAGGAGGAGUACGACGGAGGAGAGGGACGCACCGUAGUGCACUGCCUGAACGGCGGCGGGCGCAGCGGCACGUUCUGUGCCAUCAGUAUCGUGUGUGAGAUGUUGUGUCACCAGCACUCGGUGGACGUCUUUCACGCCGUCAAAACACUGAGAAACAACAAACCCAACAUGGUGGACCUGCUGGAUCAGUAUAAGUUCUGCUAUGAGGUGGCUCUGGAAUACUUGAAUUCUGGGUAAUGUGAGCGUUAUCUGCUCUGAUGUCCUCAUCUUCCACUGAAACACACGACGACUGAAACUGGAGCAGAAACUGAACCCAUGUUUCCUGCACUCACCUCCCCAUCAUCUCCAUCCUUUCCUUCGUCUUCAUGUUUGUGAGGAAUGCACUUCAUCACGUGGAUGUUGAUUUGAUCAGUUUUCUGAACUCCAGCGGUCUGGCAUGUACAGUCUGAUCAUGCGUGGCAUUAAAGCGCUCAUACUAACGUGUUUCUGCUCUCUCUGUGGUUGUGUUUGUGUGGAACGAUGGAAAAACUGCUGAAACGUCCCGUCCCAAGAUCCAAAGCUUGUGUUCGUGAUCAUUUCUUUUGUUUAUACUGUAAAUAGAUGAAGCUCACCAGAUAAUUUAUUCAUUGACAGAUUUUUGUGAAGCACACUGAGUGACAAUCAUGUUUUAAUUUGGUCAUUAUUAUUAUUAUCAUACAGACUCCACAUUUAAUAGUGACCAGACUGUAUUGUUAACUUUUUAUUUAUCUGGUAUGAAAAAACAAAAUUAAACCUAUAAAUACAUAUCUAUAUCUGCCAAA